AUGAAUCUGAAGAAGUCAAUCUCGUUUGAGGACUGCUAUGGGCGCCCUCAAAGCAUCCGAGGAGGCCGGCUGGAAUGCACGAUGCAGAACAUUGCCGAUCUCCUCGUCACCACCCUCCCACACCGCCUACCUCUUGACACCGAUACCACUGCUGCAGCUGCCUCUUCGACUUCUCCAGCGCACAACGGUCAGGCCACCGCUCAGGAGAGCAGGGAGGGGCGCGGAGGAGCGCAGGUGCAGGGCGAACGGGGUUCUGGUACAGAGAACACUGGGACGUGGGAAGAUGGGGCAGAGGGCAGUGCGGCAGAGGAGAGCAGGAGGCAGGUGCAAGCGGUGCUGGACACGUUUCUGAUUUACAACGACCGCCGCAAAGUCACCUCCUCUGCCAAGCGCCGCCGCAAGCCCACAGACACCUCGUUGCACCAGACCCCAGAUGGUUCCUUCUUGGAUCUGAACCGCAACUCGCUGGAGCUCUUCUCCUCCUGUGGCGUCGCCAUGCCGCAUAUGCACAGCGAUCACAAGCGCUACGUGGAUUCAUCUCCACCGUUCAUCUUCCUCCUCCACCCAGCCCUCGGCCCUCUCUGGAGCGUCAUUCGGCAAAAGGUGCAGGGAGGUUCUGUGGCGCCGCAUUCUGAAGUGAAGCUGGAGAUAGCUGAGCUCGCGUGGUCCAACGUGCAUGUAUCUGGGAGCUUGUUGAUCGAGGCCGAUGCAGUCACAGGCUCUAUGGAUCCUCAAUCCGGCACCACGCAGCUAGGCAGUGGCUGUGGCCGGUGCCGGUUACACAACGUAACGGUUACCAACAGAGGAGUGGACUGGGAGAACGGGGCAAACGUGUACUGGCAGCACAAGGUGCAGAGGAAGGAGGCGUUGAGAGUGGUGCUGCGCGGUGAUGCGGAGUUUGAGGCGAGGGAUGUGGCGAUUGUGGGCGAUCAUGUGUUUGACGUACCAGAGGGGCACCGCAUGGUCGUGUCUGCAUCAGAGACAGGGAUCAUGCAAACAAGGCUGGAGAAGCUUCCUCGCAGGAGGCCUACAUGGGAGUGGCAGUACUCUGUGGGCGACCAUGGUUCCCUCCAGCUCACCCUCGUUGAGAAGUCUUAG